AUGGCAAGAACGACACAAGAGAGUGAACAAUACUUAAGGGCUCCGCCUAUAGAUGAAGGCUUCCCUUCAGUUGGAACAUAUUUCUGGCCGUAUCGUACGAAGACACCCAUCGAUUUGUUUGGCCCCAAGCUUGUACCCUUAAUUGCAGUCCGAAAAGAGCACAAGGUUUUCAUUGAGUGUGUCACCACCACCGACAAUACUCAGUACUUGCGUGUCAGUUCAAGAGAUGGCAAAGCCGAUUUCACGCCGGUAUUUGAUGGUAUUCGCCGAGCUGUGCAGGAUGCAAAGGCGAGAGAAAUAUCGGCGACUCCUUCUUACAUAUUUGUUCCUCCGACCGCAGAAGCCAUGCGAAAAAUUGUAAAGCCUGAAGUGUAUCAAGUAUUGGCGCCCAUGAGAGCGACGGGCUUCGUGCUUUUUGGUGAGCCCUUGACUGAAGAUGACAGAUUGGAAUGGAAAUCGAGACGCCCUGGCAUGGUGACACAAAACCAGCGAGAAUUCCAGGCAACAUUAAUGGCAGGUCUGAAAUGCCUCGAGCCGCUGAAAGGUUGGAUGAGAAUGCGAGUCACAUUUGGACAUGUCGCAAUUCGCAACUUCCGAAAGCCAUUUAUCGAAAACGAGUACUCAUUUGAAGAGUUUGUCGAGAUGGUCAAGAACCCACGUCAAGUUGGCAGCUUUGAAAAGAAGAUUGGGGGAUCCGAAACUGCUAUCAAGUUGUCCCAAAAGAUUGUUAGUUGGCCAGACAAAUUCGUACCAGCCAGCGGCCGUACAGUAUCACUGAGCGAUGUCAAAUUUAAAGACACCGCUAUCCUCUUCAUCCUGACGAACACAGGGGAAGAACUUCGACUUGAGGCCGAGAUCGAUCGCUUCUACGAACAGGAGAACAGCGAGUUCCAGGCUGGCUCCGUUAGGCUUUUCGUCAAGGAUAAGACGCACAAGAGAUUGAAUAUAACCUGCAUCGAUGUUGAGAGGUAUGUUGUAGAAACGCUCGAUUGUCGGAAGUCCUGCUCACAGAUUGGUUCUAGAGAGUUGGAUUGGCAACUGGAGGUCAUCACAGACAGCGAGCAACUUGUAGUGCCGUCUCAAUUGGAAGACCUCAUUAAGAAGUCUAUCUCGGUCAAGUCCAGAGUAUUUAGGGACCGCCACGGCUUGGAGUACCCAGAAUUGAGAACCGCCCCGGAAGAGCCAUACGAAUUCAAUAGAGACUUCAGAAUCACAAGUAUUGUGGUCCGAGGUGUUAUCCAAUACAAGUUAAUGGACUCUGGCUUCUUCGUUGAGGCUUCCAUCUUUCGAGAAUGGAUCGGAGAUCGCAUGAAAGGAGAACCAACCAUGAAGACCAGUGUAUCUAUGUUUCAUCCCGGAUGGGAUACACAGAUGGAGUCCAUCGAGGGUACUACUCGAGUUCGCGACUUUGGUCCAGGCUUGAUCCAUUUAUUUAAUGGCCGAGCGGCAUGGCUUGUACCGUUCCUUGACGAGGUAGCAUUCACACAAGGUCUCUUAGUUGAUGUAGUGAAGGCUAUCAAAGUCGAGGAAGCUACAAGGGCUGAGGCUGCUGCUACUAAGGCCUUGGCAGAUGCAGCAAAGACGGCUCAGCAUGUGGCUGCCCAGACUUCUGCUACAACUUAA